AUCCAUCCAGUGAGCGCGCGCCGCAGCCGUUAGUAGUAGAAGCAUGUAAAGAUGGCGGAGCUACAAAUGCUGCUGGAGGAGGAAAUUCCUGCGGGACGGAGAGCUUUACUGGACAGUUACACUAACCUGGAGAGAGUAGCGGAGUACUGCGAGAGCAACUAUGUCCAGUCGGCAGACAAGGAGCGAGCGCUGGAGGAGACGAAGAGCUACACCACCCAGUCUCUGGCCAGCGUCGCCUACCUCAUCAACACACUCGCCAACAACGUGCUGCAGAUGCUGGACAUCCAGGCCUCGCAGCUGCGCCGCAUGGAGAGCUCCGUCAACCACAUUUCACAGACCGUCGACAUCCACAAAGAGAAGGUAGCGAGGCGGGAGAUCGGCAUCCUGACCACCAAUAAGAACACGUCCCGCUCACAUAAAAUAGUUGCUCCGGGCAAUCCAGAGAGACCGGUGCGCUACAUCAGGAAGCCCAUCGACUACAGCGUCCUGGAUGACAUCGGACACGGAGUCAAGUGGUUAUUGAGGUUCAAGGUGAACGGCCAGCAGAACAUGAAACUCGGAGGUGGUCUAUCCCGGUCCAACCCCCCCACCCAGAAACCACCGAGCCCUCCGAGGGCGGGCAAGGGCAUCUUAGGGAAGAACUCCCCCUACAGGACACUGGAGCCAGUGCGCCCCCCGGUGGUGCCCAACGAUUACGUCUCCAGCCCCACCAGGAACAAUAUGGCUGUCGGACAGCUUCCCAGUCCGGCCCGCACCGCCACCCUCAACCAUCGCCCCCGAACAUACAGUGGUAGCAGUGGUGGCAGCCAUCCCAGCAGCAGCAGUCGCAGCAGCAGCAGGGAGAACAGUGGCAGCGGCAGCGUGGGCAUUCCUAUUGCCGUGCCGACGCCGUCCCCGCCCUCCACCUUCCCAGUUUCCCCGACUGCUGGACCAGCUAGCUCUUCCUCCACUGCUCCUAACUCCUCCCCCUCCCCCUCCCCGACUCCUUCCUCCUUCUCCUCCUCCUCCUCCACCACAACCUUAACACAACCCAACGCAGCCUUACCACCAAACUCACCCGCACAACACGCCGACUCACCUCCUCAGACAAACACACGAUCAAACGCACCCGCCAACACCUCUAACCCCGCCCCUGGCUCUGACGUAGAGCUGUCUCCUCUCCUUCCUCCUGCCCCUCCUCCUCCACUCUCCUCCUCCUCCUCCUCAUCAUCACCUGCUGAAGGUCCUAUCGUCCCUCAGUUCUUCAGUAUGAACAGGCCUCAGCCCCGCCAGCAGGCUCCUCAGGUGGGGGGGUCACUGCCGUACCGUCGCCCCCCGUCUGUGACUGGUCAGCCAAUCGAAACACAGAACCAGGUCAACGGGGGUCCAUACUACAACCAGAGCCCAGCAUCCCCCCCGCCCCCCUCCCUCCUCCAGUUCACUCCUCAGCUUCCUCUGAUGGGUUUCGUCGCUCGAGUUCAAGAGUCCAUCUCAGACGUCCCUCCUCCACCUCACCCAGCUGCAGAGAGCCAAUCAGCGCCUGAGGAGCCCCUGCCAACUCCUCAGCCACUGGAGGAUGGACAUGAAGAGGAGGAGUCAGCAGUGGUGGAGUACAGCGACCCGUACGCUGAGGAGGACCCACCGUGGGCCCCCAGAACCUACAUGGAGAAAGUGGUGGCCAUCUACGACUACACGGCCGACAAGGAGGACGAGCUGUCGUUCCAGGAAGGAGCGAUCAUCUACGUGAUCAAGAAGAACGAGGACGGGUGGUACGAAGGCGUGAUGAACGCCACCACGGGCCUCUUCCCUGGAAACUAUGUGGAGUCCAUCAUGCACUACGCCGACUGAGGACCAACACUUCUGUGUUCAUGUGUGUCUGUGGACGUGUGGCGUCUCACACCAGUUCAGUGUAUCCGAUCUGAGCCAGAAGGGAAAAGAUGACUCAGCUCUGUUCCUGUUUUUCCUUUUAGUUUCUCACACUAAUCGAUCACAAACAGAUCAAAGAAUCUGAGUUUCACUAAUAUUUUAUCGUGUUUAUUGGACAGAAUCAGAGCUGGAGUUUGUUAUCGUCUCUGUCUACCCAUAAGGCAGUUUUUGUGAGUUCUGUUGUUGGAGAAGUGAGCAGAGCUUCAGGCGUCUUCAUGUUGUGUGUUGGUGUGAUGGAUCCCAAUGUUCCCGUUCUUUCACAGAAGGUCAGAGAAAACGUUUUUAUAUCUUGUAGUUCUUGUGAUCACAAGAAUUUUUUUUCUAGUUGUGCACUCUCCUCCCUUCACCCCGACCCUCAGCAGAGGACGAUCACAGUCCGUCCCCUGAAGUGAGGACUUGAGAUUAUUUUUAGUGUUAACAGAAGAAAUAUGUGACGCUCUGAUCCCAGAGAUUAAAAAGACAGAAUCAAAUGAAGCUAUGCAAAAGACACUUUUACACUAAAAACCAAAUUCAGAGAUUUUCUUUCUUUCUUUGUUUCCUCUGAAGCACUUUUACACUACGACUCAUUGUGUCUGCAAAAACUGAUAAAUUAACAUUUAGCUAUAGCUCUUAUUGAGGCUCUUCUCAGUGUUUAAUCAAGAAAAAAUACUUUUUAAUUUUACAAAUACUGAAGUCUGCGUCACUGAUUAACACGUUUUGUUUCCUGUGACGGCUUCACAAUAAAAGCCAACCGCUUUUUUUGCCAGUAGAAUUUUUUUUUUUUUUAUGUGAAGCAGCAGCAGGAAACAUCAUGUUAGCAUCAGCAGCAGUUUAAUGCAGCUCUGCGUCAGCUGCAGGAGAGUGAACAGAAAACAGUGAAUCAAAUUUAGCACCAGAGACUUAUCUUUGUAAAUAAUUCCAGUCCUCCAAAUCCCUCGAAAACAGAAGUCCAGACUCGCAUUUAUCAUCAUCGUCUCAGAGCAGGAGUUUUUUGAUCCAAGUUUUAGGACAAGCACUGAAAGCAUUUUAUCUUUUUAAGUUUCCGUAAAAAAACAAAAACAGACCCUCUUAUUUUUUAAUACUGCAGCUGAUCUUCCUCUCUUUAUCUCAUCGUCCUCCUCGUUCUCCUCAUCCUCACCUGCUGUCGUGUUAAUUAUGUAAAAGAUCAGACAAUUAAACCAACAAACCACAUCAUCGAAUCAGUGUUCAAACCAGUUUCAGUCUCUCCUGAGUGUUUUCACUGCAUCAGGAGGAUUUAUUUUAUUUAGUUUAUAACCAACUCCUCGUCCCUUUGACCUUUGGCCUCAGCAAAUACCCUCCUUAGUUUCUCAAGAGCCUUAUCUUCAUCUUUUU